UGGCUUGACUGUUUUGAGUUGGUGUGUUCUCUUGGAGAUGUUACAUAGAGUUGAGAAGUGUUGCUUCCCACUCAUUCUUGUGCUUUUUUGAUGCACUUGGGACACGAUGUUAUGAUUUAUUUAUUUAUUUAUCAUCAGGUAAAUAAAUGAUGGCUUUAGCACAGCGACCUCUUCUGCUCUAGGAGGUCGAUAAUGAGAAAAUCCAGACGGAGGGUGRCAGAAAUGUGACAGCACUCGUCAGGGAGGACUCAGCAGUGACGGCUCCCCGCCUGCCCACGCAGGGGCACCGACUCAGACCAGGAAACCCCGGGGAUUACGGCCUCUCGUCCGGAUGACAGCAGGAGACAGCCGCGCUGCUGGGUGGAGCUAGCRUUUAGCUAAGCUAACACUCUGAAUUCGACAGAACACAAAUGGAUAACUAUAUUCAUAAAAAGUAAAUUGGGAUGUUUGGAGCUGUGAAGGGGUUUCCUGCUGUCAUUGGAUGGACUGACAGCUUCUCUUCAACAACUGAGGGUGGUUGUGAAAAUUUCUAAAGGCUUUCCAGGCAUGAUGGAAGGACACCAUAGUCAGGCUAUUAGCCUCGACCGACGCAGGCAGGAGCUGCUUGAGGCUCGCUUUACAGGAGCUGGUGUUACCAAGAGUUCAGCCACCAGUGAAUCAUCAAACCAGUCUCUGUGCAGCACAGGGUCAAUGAGUGACAAAGAAACAGAGACACCAGAGAAGAAAGCCAAGGAGAGAAGCAGGAAGAGAAAAGGAGACGUCUUUGACAGCAGCAGCCAAGGAAAGGGAAGAGAACACAAAAUUAGAGAAUACUUUGAGCAGUUUGCUGGCAGCAGUGGCUCUGGUCCUGCUGGAAGCAUCCAUAUGCUGCUGCGCUCUUCUUCACAGCAUUCACUUUUGUAUCCCCAGACUUUUUGUCAGUUUCAGCACAGCAAUCCUUCAUCAACGGGCUCAGCCCACACAGACUCGUCAUCGUGCAGCUCAUUUAGGACAACUCCUGCACCAACUUUUUCUCACAAAGUGACUCAGUCAGAACUGACUCUGCUGAAACUCAGAGCAAUAGAGAAGGUCAAAGACUCAAAUCUGGAAAAGACAGAAGGGAGGAUAGAUGACUUACUGAGGGCUAACUGUGWUUUGAGGCGGCAGGUAGAUGAGCAACAGAAGAUGCUGGAGCGCUACAAGGAGCGGCUAAACAAGUGUGUGAAGAUAAGCAAGAAGCUGCUUGUGGAGAAGUCAAAGCGGGAGAAGAUGGCCUGCAGGGACAAAAGCAUGCAGGACCGUCUACGUUUAGGWCACUUCACCACCGUCCGCCAUGGAGCCUCGUUCACAGAGCAGUGGACAGAUGGAUACGCCUUCCAGAACCUCAUCAGGCAGCAAGAACAAAUCGGUUUACAGCGGGMGAACAUUGAAAGGCAGAGGAAGUUGCUGGGAAAGAGGAAACCUCCUGCAGCACAGGCGUUCCCACCCAAAAUGGAACAGAGCAAACGGAGGAGCAGAAGCAAUAGCCAAGAGAAUGAAACAAUGAGGACAACUCCAAAUUUAGCGAUCAUCCUACGCUGAAUGACCGAUACCUGCUUUUACGUUUACUGGGAAGAGGUGGCUUUAGUGAAGUUUUCAAAGCUUUUGAUUUAGCAGAGCAAAGGUAUGUGGCCAUUAAAAUCCAUCAACUCAACAAGACCUGGAGAGAAGAGAAGAAAGAAAAGUACCACAAACAUGCCUGUAGGGAGUACAGGAUUCACAGAGAGCUCGAUCAUCCUAGAAUAGUCAAACUUUAUGACUAUUUUCCAAUUGACAGAGACUCGUUCUGCACAGUUCUGGAGUACUGUGCUGGCAACGAUCUGGAUUUCUACUUGAAGCAGAAUAAAUCGAUGACUGAGAAGGAGGGUCGCUCCAUCGUCAUGCAGCUCGUCAACGCACUCAAGUAUCUCAGCCAGAUCCACUCACCCAUCAUCCACUACAACCUCAAGCCUGGAAACAUCCUGUUGGUUAAUGGGACGGCAUGCGGCGAGAUCAAACUCACUGACUUUGGUCCUCCCAAGUUCCUGGAUGAUGACAGCUACAGCUCUGCAGAUGGCAUGGAGCUGAGCUCACAGAGAGCAGGAACUUACUGGUAUUUACCACCUGAGUGCUUUAUAGUAGGGAAGGACCCCACCAAAAUAUCCAAUAAAGUAGAUGUUUGGUCAGUGGGAGUCAUCUUUUACCAGUGCCUAUUUGGACGCAAGCCGUUUGGUCAUAAUCAGUCGCAGCAGGACAUCCUCCAAGAAAACAUCAUACUUAAAGCUACUGAGGUGCAAUUCCCUCCCAAACCUGUCAUCACCACAGGAGCAAAGGCCUUCAUCCGACGUUGCCUGGCUUACCACAAGGAGGAUCGCGUGGACGUGCUGCAGCUGGCCAGCGACCCUUUCCUAAUGCCMAACACUCGUAAAGCUCUCGGCAGCCACACAACRCUGGUGCCCCCUGGUCCCUCCACCUCAAGCUGCUACGGCAGCUGUGCCUCCAACUCAAGCUAGCCKAAGGAGAAAAGGAAAACCCCAAAUGUGACCGAAUCCACAGAGACGACGCAUGCUUGAUGAAUCUCCUCUUUAGCACACAGGAAGAAACGACCCAGGACCGGCAGCAGACCAGUAGAGGACGUGAUGGAGUAAGAAGUGUACUCAUCAGUGUUAUUAUUAGGUGGUAAAAAAAUGAAGGGCCAGCAGCCUCCAGUUGUGGGGCUGUGAGCAGAACCCAAAGACUUGCCGUGAUGCACACACUAACAUACUUUGGCUUCGUUGAAGGAACUUUUUUUUUCUUUUUCAGAUGCUGAAAAUGAAAAACCAUUUGCACAAGUGUCAUGCAUAAAAAUGACAAAAAACACCUGUUCACCCUAAAGAUAGUUUACAGGCGUAAGUGUUGAUAAAAUGAUUUCACACGCUGCUUGAAAUGCAUCAUCUAUCAGAGUUUUAUUUAAAACUUCAUCAGUUUAAAUGUAAAUCACUGUAACCAUUUUUGGUUGGAAGUAGUCAGGAGAUUGAAAGCCUGUCUUAUUGGAAGGGCAACAAUAAAGAACCACACACAAAUUGAAACAUAACUGUUUUGACCAAUUGUUGGUUUACCCAGUAUCUAGAAAUGAGAUUUUUAUUUUAAUGAAGUCAGUAUUUUUCCAUUAAAUUUACCUUCUAACAUUAUUAACCUUAAAUGGAGGGAUGACUAUGGGUGAAUGUUAUAAUGUGAGUUAAACCACAGCUGAAAUAAUGAGAUUAAUAAAAAAAAUUUUGGUUAA